AUGGAAACCAGGAAGGAGAUGGUGAUGUUUCUGGAAGGGACGCAACUUGGCUCUCUAGUUGGCAAGAGGGUGCCUAAUUUGUCAGAAGCAGUGGGGAGCCCCGCUCCAGAACCUCCGGAGAAGAUGAUCCAUCGGAACUGCCUCAGUCCCAGACCUGGCUCCUUGUCGUCCCGGGAGAGAGGAGGAGGUUGCGGAGGAGAAGGAGAAGAGGAGGUGGAGGUGCUGCCAGGGACAGGGACGGUGCCGGAGAGUCGCUCGGCCGCGGCAGCACUGCUUUCGGCCGGACAGCAGCCCCCCGCCCCGGAGCCCCCCUCCAGCAAAGGGCAGCAGAGCAGCUCGGACACCGAGUCGGAUUUCUAUGAGGAAAUCGAGGUGAGCUGCACCCCGGACUGCGCGACGGGGAGCACCGAGUACCAGCACAGCAAAGGGACGUGCUCCGAAGGUCUGGCGAGCAACCCCAGCGCUGAGGGGGAUCACCCUAAAGGCAGCGGAGGCAGUGGCGGCUCCCAGGGCUCUCUGGCCUGCAGCGCCAGCGACCAGAUGCGCCGCUACCGCACGGCCUUCACCCGCGAGCAGAUCGCCCGGCUGGAGAAGGAGUUUUACCGGGAGAACUACGUGUCCAGGCCCCGGAGAUGUGAACUGGCGGCUGCUCUAAAUCUGCCAGAAACCACCAUCAAGGUUUGGUUCCAGAACCGCAGGAUGAAGGACAAGCGGCAGCGCCUGGCCAUGACCUGGCCUCACCCGGCAGACCCGGCGUUCUACACCUACAUGAUGAGCCACGCGGCAGCCACCGGCAACCUGCCCUACCCGUUCCCAUCCCACCUGCCCUUGCCCUACUACUCCCACAUGGGCAUUGGUGCCACGUCAGCCUCUGCUGCCACCCCCUUCAGUACCCCCCUGAGACCGCUGGACACCUUCAGGGUCCUCUCCCACCCCUACCCGAGACCAGAACUGCUGUGCGCCUUCAGGCAUCCUUCGCUCUACCCUGCCCCAACUCAUGGACUCAGCAGCGCCGGGAGUAACCCAUGCUCCUGUCUGGCUUGCCACAGUGGCCAGUCCAACGGGCUGGCUCAGAGACCGUCCGGAUCAGACUUUACCUGUUCGGCCACGACCAGGACUGACUCUUUCCUCACUUUCACGCCCUCUGUGCUGAGCAAAGCCACCUCAGUUUCCAUGGACCAGAGAGAAGAAGUACCUUUAACAAGAUAA